GCUCGGGCAGACGGCGAAGAGCCGCUAUCGCUGCUGGCUGUAACGCUCCUCCGGUCCGGCAUCAGACUCCUCUAUCCGUCCGUGCGGCGCUGCACCUGCGAGCAGAGCUGCCAUUGAGUACCAUGGCAAGACAAGAAGGACGCAAAAACAUUUAAACAGGCGCCUCUCCUCCAAAGGACAAGACGGGAGGCAGAAUGAGUGAAGAGGUGCCAGUUUCUCCCAGCUGGCUGGCUCAAGAGCCCACCUGGGGCAGCAGCGGUGCAGGAAGCAUAGAAAACAUCACCGUCAGAACAUACCCACCUGCGGUUGUCUUGCCGGCGAGGCCGCCUGCUGAGCUGCUGGUAAACCCAUGGGAUAUUGUGCUGUGUUCAUCCGGCACCCUUAUAGCCUGCGAGAAUGCCCUGGUGGUUUUGGUCAUCUGGCAGAACCCAGCACUGCGUGCCCCAAUGUUUCUGCUGAUCGGCAGCCUAGCUCUAGCCGACUUAUUGGCUGGUUUAGGGUUAGUCCUGCACUUUACCUUCGCUUAUUUGCUAAGAUCUGACUCAGCACAGCUGCUGACUGUAGGUCUGGUGGUGGCAUCCUUCUCAGCAUCUGUAUUUAGCCUGUUAGCUAUUACCAUCGACCGCUACCUGUCCCUAUACUACGCCCUCACCUACAACUCAGAGCGAACGGCCGCGUUCACAUACACCAUGCUGGUGCUUCUAUGGGGAGUUUCAUUAUUUUUGGGUUUGCUGCCGGUUACUGGUGUGAACUGCUUGGGCCAGGAGGAGAACUGCAGUGUGGUUUGGCCCCUAACAAGAAACAACGUAGCCGUUCUGUCCAUCUCCUUCCUUCUACUGUUCGGCCUCAUGCUUCAGCUCUACGUGCAUAUUUGUAAAAUCGUCAUGCGUCACGCGCACCAAAUUGCCCUGCAACACCACUUUUUAGCUGCAAGUCCUCACUACGUCACGACGCGGAAAGGCGUAUCCACCCUGGCGAUCAUUCUGGGCACAUUCGCAGCUUGCUGGAUGCCAUUUACGGUUUACUCGCUCAUAGCCGAUUAUACGUACCCGCCCCUUUACACGUAUGCCACCCUGGUUCCCGCCACCUACAACUCGGUGAUCAACCCCGUAAUUUACGCCUUCCGCAAUCAAGAGAUUCAGAAAGCGUUGUGGCUGGUGUGCUGCGGAUGUAUCCCUGCCAGCUUGGCCCAGCGGGCACGGACCCCCAGUGAUGUCUGAUGUGCCUAGGGAAUUACACAGACCAGAGAUUCCCCCAAUAACCCCGGGACGAAAAGGGGUGUGCGCAUCACCCAUUUAUGUCUUCCCCUAAUUGUUAUGUGACAACCACUGCCACAAAACCGUCGUCUGAUCCCAAUCCGACCAGCUGCCACAUCCUUUCCAAGAAAAAAAGGGGCAGAAACGGAUGCUGUGUGGCAGUCAGCUGUAAAUAUCUU